AUGCUCUACGGCACUACGCUCAGAGUGCCCGGGGACUUCUUCGCUACGGAGAGCCAGCCCGUCGCAAACCCUGCCACCUUCGUAGAAGGGGUUGACGCCAUCCGCAAGCUCCUCCAGCCUCCGUACACGGGCCCCCACCAGGUCAUUCGCUCGGUCGAUGACAAGACCUACGUCAUCCAUGUCAACGGCUCUCAUCGCACGGUCUCCACGGACGCCCUGAAGCCGGCUUACGUCGAGGCCACUGACUCUUCUCCCUUAGGAGACCAGCCAACCAACCCUCCCAACGCGCCUCCUGCGGACUCCUCGCCGGCACCAAAGCCCCCCGCGGCGACUCCUGAGACAGCCCCCAAAGACGCCCCUCCAAAGAAGCGGGUUUCAUUUAGCCCGUUACCCACGGACCUCUCUGGGGAGGGAGUGGUUGUGGUGCCUUCGACUAUCGAUCGUCAAAGCACACACAGGCGGUCGAUGCAAGCAGCAGCUGAAGCCACGCGAGGUCUUCGCGCUGUCCACGCCCAGCAGCGCUGCCGCUGCCUUCUCUAG